GGGCAGCUCACAGGCAGCAUGCUCUGCACGCGCAGCCCAGGGGUUGUGAUUUCCCGGGGUUUCGGUUUCCGUGGUUGGGUUGCAGAAGAUUGGAGUCUGUCGGAUAAAGAGAUGGAGUUUGAGCUGCUGCCUAAUCGCAUGCCUGGUGCAGCGGCUUAGUUCCAGGCAGUUGGAAACGUGUGUGUGCUCUUCAUUCCGGUGGAUUACACACAGCAGUUCUUACAGGGGAUGGCCUCUCCCGAACAGGACAUAGUGGCUAAGUUUCCCAUUAGGGGAUGGAGAGUAUGGCCCCGAUCUGAUCUUGGCAGACGGAGGGCUUUGCCUUCUGGAGCUGGCCUCUGCCGUCUCCUGCCGCUUGGGCCUUUAUCUGCCAGGCUCUCAGCACUCAGUGCUGGUCCUGUUCCAUCUUGCAAUCCGUUUUCCAUCGACAGCGUGUUUGAGAGGAGAAGCACAGUGGCCAUGGAUGACCUGGGGGAAAACACCACCGUUCUGUCCACCCUGAGGUCUUUGAACAGCUUCAUUUCUCAGCGGGUGGAGGCAGGGUCUGGACUGGAUGCUUCCGCCUCUGCCCCAAGCUCUCUGCAGAUGCAGUACCAGCAGAGCAUGCAGCUGGAGGAACGAGCGGAGCGGAUCCGUUCCGAGUCCCAGGUCGUCCAGGUGGAGCGGGAGAAGAUGCAGAUGGAGCUGAGCCACAAGAGAGCUCGAGUGGAGCUGGAGCGGGCAGCUAGCACCAGUGCCAGGCGCUAUGAGCGCGAGGUGGAUCGCAACCAGGAGCUCCUGACGCGCAUUCGGCAGCUGCAGGAGCGGGAGGCCGAGGCGGAGGAGAAGAUGAAGGAGCAGCUGGAACGCCAUAGGCUGUGUAAGCAGAGCCUGGACGCUGCCGGCCAGAAGCUGCGGGAGAAGGAGGACGGCCUGGCCGCGGCCGGCGAGACCAUCAGCGCGCUAAAGGCGAAGGUCUCCGAGUUGCAGUGGAGCGUGAUGAAUCAGGAGAUGCAGGUGAAGAGCCUGGAGUCUGAGAAGCAGGAACUCAAGGAGCAGCUGGCCUUGCAGCACAAGAAAUGUGAGGAGGCGAAUCAGAAGGUUCAGGAGCUCCAGGCCAGCCAGGAAGCGAGGGCCGACCAGGAGCAGAGGAUCAGGGAUCUGGAGCAGAAGCUGUCCCUGCAGGAGCAGGAUGCCGCAGUCGUGAAGAAUAUGAAGUCCGAGCUGGUGCGGCUGCCCAAGAUGGAGAGGGAGCUGAAGCAGCUGCGGGAGGAGAGCGCCUACCUGCGGGAGAUGCGAGAGACCAACGGGCUGCUCAGGGAGGAGCUGGAGGGGCUGCGGCGGCGGCUGGGGCGGCAAGAGAAGACGCGGGAGAGUCUGGUUGUCCUGGAGCUGGAGAAGGAGAGGCUGCUGGCAAAGUUGCAGAGCUGGGAGCGGCUGGAGCAGACCACGGGCUUGAGCAUCAGGACCCCCGGAAGACCUUUCUAGGUUCAUUGUUGACCUGCAGCAGCGAGAGGUGGCCUUGCAGGACCGGAACAACAACCGUCACCAGCAGCUUGACUGUGCCCCAGACGCGACCCGCGAGGCCGGGACUCUUGACCUGAUGCCCCCAUCAGAGAGGUUUCCGUACCCACUGAAGCAAGUUAUCCUGAGCUGCUUUCAGCAGUCGUUUCCUCGAAACAGGCUUCAUGGUUUUUGCUUUCCGCGAAUCCUCUCUUGACGGGCGGAUUGUUUUAUGGGACUUGAACCGUCUUGGUCCUUGAUGACGGCGCGAGCUUCUCUGCUUCCCAGCCCCUGGCCCUGAGAGUGACUGGUGCCGCAUUCCAGACAGGAGCCUGGCCCUGGGACUCCACAGCUGAGCACGCCGCCAGUUUUUAAGCAGAGCCAUUCAGUGCGAUGAGCAGGACCCUCGGCUGCAGGACGUGGUUGAGCUAGCUGCUGACAAACGCAGUUCAGUGACAGAAAUGCAAAAUAAUUAGUCUGGGACCAGAGAUGUCUAAAGAAUAUGUGCAGAACGGAAUAAUCAUCUGGCUUCACGAAGACCAAAUUGAUUUGGAAACAAUCUGGGGAAUGCUCAGCCACUGCGCUGUGGCCCAGACCAGAUACUGAAUCCCGUGACUUGAAGCGGCCUCAGUGCAUUCUUGUAACCGGUGACUGUGA